UGAGGGAGCCUUUUCUCCUCUCUCUGUCUGUGUAUAUUACAAUUCGUGGCUCAUGCUUCCUCAAGAUUUAAACUCUGCCUCUGCACAGAAGUCUGGCUGAUACUGCUGAACCGGCACCUGCAAUUAGCUCUGCUGUCUGCUCCAGGCCGUGCUGGUCUCUCUGUCCAUGGUCCUCCACUUGCUCUCUCCCUUCAGCUGUCCAUCAACUCUAAGCUGUCAAGGCUGAGCUGGAUUUUUGCAGAAGCUGCACCCAAGUUUGCAAGGGCGAUGGGUGCUUCCCACUCCAUGUCGGAGGAAAUCCAGGAGCUGGCCGACAAGACAGGCUUUACUUCUGAUCAGAUUGAGAAUCUGCACCGGAGAUUCAAGCAGCUGAGCAGGGACCAGCCAACCAUCCGCAAGGAGAACUUUGAUCGUAUCCCCGACUUGGAAUUCAAUCCAAUUAGAUCCAAAAUCAUCAAAGCCUUUUUUGACAAGAGGAACCUGCGAGAAGAAUCCGAGGGGCUGGUGGAUGAGAUCAACUUCGAGGACUUCCUGACAGUUAUGUCCAAUUUCAGACCAAUUGAAAUGAACAUGGAUGAAGAGCAGCUAGAUCGCUUCAGGAAACAGAAGCUGAAAUUCCUCUUCCACAUGUACGAUGCGGACAGCGAUGGGAAGAUCACUCUCCAGGAGUACAGGAAUGUGGUACAAGAAAUGCUCUCAGGGAACCCCCACCUGGAUAAGGAGUCGGCGAGGUCCAUUGCAGACGGAGCCAUGAUGGAGGCUGCCAGCAUCUGUGUGGGACAAAUGGAGCCAGACCAAGUAUACGAGGGAAUCACGUUUGAAGACUUCCUGAAGAUAUGGGAAGGAAUAGACAUCGAGACCAAGAUGCACGUCCGUUUCCUAACCAUGGAGCCCAUUGCGAUUUGCUACUGACCGAAGAGGAAUUGGAAUGGAGACGCCGGUGCCUUUGGAGAGACCUAGGACAAAACGUCAGGGGGUUGAUACGGGUAGAAGUGGGGCUGUGCCUCCCAGACCUACUGAGAAACAGAGCGACCUGUUUCACUCAUGGGGCAAUGCUCAGAGGUGAUACAUCUGGACGCGCUUUACAAAUUCUCUCUUGAUUUGCCUAUAGAUGAAACCUCAACUCAUAAAUAAAAGCAGGUUCUGUUUUUAA